UGCUGAAAUUUCAUGGAAGAAAUAUCGUAAAACGAACGCCAAGAAGUGCACUUUGAAGAAGGUUGUUUGACCAUUGUGUGCCAUGCAGAAAGCUGUUUGUUGAAGUUUUUCCCCCUCAGCUCUGGAAAUUGUGCGGAGUUCAGCCAACCUGAUAUGGCUGCUCUGCCACUUAUCAACCCCAAACCCUUUUUGAAUGGCCUCACUGGAAAGCCUGUGAUGGUCAAGUUAAAAUGGGGCAUGGAGUACAAGGGAUACUUAGUUGCCGUCGAUACGUACAUGAAUUUGCAGCUGGCUAACACCGAGGAGUACAUUGACGGUGCGAUCCAAGGAAAUCUCGGAGAGGUUUUAAUCAGGUGUAACAAUGUCCUGUACGUACGUGGAGUCGACGAGGAAGAAGAAGACGGUGAGACAAGAGAAUGAAAUCCAUCGGGGAAAGUUAGUCGGGCUGGACUGUAUGUCCAGCUACCUGCAUCCGUCCAGGCAGCAGCCAUCAAGUCAAUCAUGCAGUUUAUCAUGUGCAUAGCAGUGAUUAUAAUAACUGUACAUUGUGACUACUUCUUUAGGUUUUCAUGUGUUUACCUUGUAACGUUUUACGUACCUCCCGUUGCUUUUUUUUGGUUUGGCGCUCAGGUGUGAUAACGUUAGCGUCCUAUACAGACAUACUGCAAUUUCAAAAUUCCGCUGUCUUUGAAUCCAUGAGAGAGUGUGUUAUCAGAGCAAGACCAAUGGUAUACCGUUCAA